UAUAACUGAAUUCCAUACCGCUAUAACUUUUCUUUGGUAUAUUACACGAAAAAGUGUAUUAUUAAGGGAGGGAGUUGAACUACGGUUUCUUUUUUUUUUUUUUUUUUUGGCUUCAUUUAAACAACCUAUUUACGUGUCUGUGUCUGUGUGUGUGAGCGUGCGUGUGUGUGUUUGGAAAUUUUUCGGCUUGACUAGAUUGAUUGUAGUAUUUUCUUUUGCCUUUGCUUACUAGUAGGCGUCUAAUUUUUGAGUUGUUGUAAAUCAGUUUGGAAAUUUUCAUUAUUUUAUAUUAUUGUUUUACUGUUUAUCCAAAAAAAUGACAUUCGUAAUGGGAACAGAAGAAACUUUGGAUUUGGUGAUUAUUGGAUUUGGACCGGCUUCGCUUUCUUUGAUGGUGGCUCUACAUGACCAUUCGGAAAAUCCUUUGCGUAACAAAAAAAUAUGUGUAUUAGAGAAGUCUCCCUCGUUCUCUUGGCACUCAGGUAUGCUGAUUCCUGGAUCAAAUAUGCAAAUUUCGUUUGUGAAGGAUUUGGCUACCCCACGUGACCCAACUUCUUACUUUUCGUUUUUGAAUUAUUUGCAUCAGCAUGGUGAUGAAAGGUUAUCCGGGUUUUUGAACUUAUUGACCAUGGAACCUUCUCGUUAUGAGUUCCAUGAUUAUCUUUGUUGGGCAGCUGGUCAUUUUAAGGACUACGUGCAGUACGGUGCAAAUGUAACUAAAUUAGAGUAUGACCAAUCUUUGGAUCUGUAUCGUAUUACUUAUGGCGAUCACCAAAAAAUUGCCAAAAAUGUCAUCGUAGCUACUGGUGGUCAAGCAAAUAUUCCCGAGCCUUUUUCCUCGUUACAAAGUCCUCAGGUUAUCCAUUCCAGCGGAUUUAUGUUUGAUGAUAGCCAGUGCAAGCUUCGUUCGGCGAAACAUGGUGUACUUGUCAUCGGUUCCGGUCAAUCUGCUGCGGAAAUUUGGAAUUACACCCACAACAUCAUUGAUUCCAAGCUUCCCCUUACCUUGGCGUACCGCAAUUUAUCUCUUAUUCCCAGCGAUUCUAGCCCUUUUGUCAACUCUUUGUACUUUGAUAGUCAUAAUUCUCAUUGGUGGUACAAUCUCCCUGAGCAAACCCGUAUACAGGGCUUAAGAAACGGCCAUACCACCAACUACGGAGUCGUUAAAGAAGGUCUGCUUGAAGACAUGUUUCGUGAACAGUAUAUGCAAAAACUCAAGUACGGCAAGGCCUAUCACAACUUCUUGAACGCUACCUAUGUGGAUUCCGUGGAACAAAAAGACGAUCAUAUUCUCGUCACUUUAGCCUCCAAUUUGGACGGUAACGAAAAGAAGACCACUCAAAAAUUCGAUGUCGUUUAUCUAGCCACUGGCUACAACCAUGCAUCUUACGAAACCAUCCUUUCUCCCAUUUUUCCCCAUCCCCGUGAUAUCCAUAUUGCUGAAAACUACUUGGUUGAAAACUCACCUUCUAAAAAUAGUCGUCUCUUUGUCAUCGGUAUCUCGACCUAUCAACACGGUAUCGGUGAGACCUUGCUUAGUUGGACUGCUGUUCGUGCUGGUGAAAUGGCUUCUCAACUUUUUGGACCAAGUAAACCUACCGCUCGUCGUUUUUCUCCCUAAUUUGGUUCCUUUCCCGAUGUUUCAUCGUCAUCAUUUACCAGACCGCUCUUUUAUGACCAGCACCUGAAAAAAAAAGCGCUUUCUUGAUUUGGAAAUCUUUUGAUAUCAUUUAUAAAAACAAACCUUCUACUAAAUGUAAUCAUUCUACAAAUGCAUAUAGACUAACCGAGCACCUCUUAUAUGUAUCUUUCCCUGCACUUCUUUAAUUUGUAUUUUCUAACAAGUCGAUUUUGUUAAGUACCUUUUCUGUCAACGUACCAACAGACAGACCGUUCUUGCAUUUUCGCUAUUCCAACAUUUUUCUUUUAUAUCAAUUCAUAGAUUGUUGCAUAUACUCCUUCAUCAUACGUCG